GUAGGUACAGCACACAUAGCUCAUUAUAUAGCUUUUACUUAGCAACACACAAACAAAACUUUGAUAAGAAAUUACGUGGAUCAAAAUGGAAAAAAAUGACAGUUUUAAGUAGGGUACCAGCGCAAGAUACACAAAAGCGAGGGUUAAAUGUAUUACACGCAAAAUCUAUUUUGCUAUUAGAAAGUAUAAAGAUAUGUUGUAUAUAAACAAAAUACAGACCAAGUAUCUGUUUAGACAAAGAAAGAGCAUUAAGUUUUCUGGUAUCUGCUGGACUAAACUGCAACAAUACACGAUGUCCUUGGAUUAAGAAACAUUUGUUUAACUUGAAUAUUGCCUAGAAAGUCCCUCUUCGUGUAUGGUCUAGACACGUUCACCACUUCGUGUCUGGAUCACGGAAAUCAUGGACCAAAACAUAAAAGCAGACCAACAGAGGGUGUACGAUGCAGCAAUUUGUGGUUAAGCUUGGGUGUCAUAUACGACUUCUUUAUGCGUGGGUGGGAAGAUCAAGCGGUAGAAACUUUAUUUGUAAGAGUGAGCAAGUAAAACUUUGAUUCGUUUGAAUUACUGGCCGUCGGUCUAACUCUAAACUAAGGCGAAGUGGUUUUUGGUAGUUAUAGAUGAAAGUUUCCGAGUGAUUUUUUAUGAAUGUGUAGAACUAGAACUUAAUACAAAUUAAGGAAAAUAUGUAUUAGAGCUUCGCCAAACUGAAAAAAAUUAGCUAACCUUUUCUGAGACUGUGAUAAACUUACCAGUGUAUUUUUACAUUUUACUCAUUUCUGGUGCCAUGUAUUGUGCGUCAAUCUGUUUGUAUUUCUUCCUGCUGAGUUGUACUGCUUGGCCAGCCAAAGCUGAUGUGUUUACAGCACUUGUAGACCUCCAGAAACUUCUUCAUACAGAAGGAGAAAUAAUCAAAACAUUGGAGCAAUACUUAAAAGUAGAAGAACAACGACUACAGAAAGUCAGACAGUUAAGAGAAGAUUAUGGGCAGAUGUACCAACUUGCUAGUCAAGAUGUCGAUUCAUUCCUUGCUAAUCCAGUAAAUGCAUAUUUGUUGGUCAAGAGACUUUCUUCAGACUGGAAAAAUGCAGAAUCUUUGAUGCUUGGAGGUGAAGGUAAAAAUUUAAUUGAAAAUAUUACAAGAAAAAGAGAAGAUCUGAAGUUUCCUGAUAAUGAAGACUUGAAUGGAGCUGCAGUAGCCUUACUAAGAUUGCAAGACACAUAUAAGCUGGACACUUCAAAUUUGGCUAAAGGGUACAUUCGGGGAGCAAAACAUUCUUCUGAAUUGACUGCUGGAGAUUGUUUUGAACUUGGCCGACAGUCGUACAAUAAUGGAGAUUUCUACCAUACAGUCCUGUGGAUGCAAGAGGCUUUAGAACGCAAUGAAGAUGAAAUAGAAAAGACCAUUGACAAGGCAGUAAUCCUUGAUUAUCUAUCUUUCUCUACAUAUAUGCAAGGAAAUACAAAGCAUGCACUAAAGCUUACAAAUGAAUUAAUAGAAAUAGACCCUGAUCACCCUCGUGCCAGAAGUAACAAAGUCUACUUUGAGAAUGCACUCUAUACAACAGAGGAGAAGAAAAAAAGGGGAGAUGAUGGAGAUGUGCCAGUAGAAGCUACAUAUGCAGAAAACAAACAACCAGUGAGUGAGGUUCCUGAGAGAGAAAAAUAUGAAAUGUUGUGCAGGGGAGAAAAAUUGAUGAGUGAAACAGAAGAAAGCAAGUUAAAGUGCCAUUACUUUACAAACAAUCAUCCAUACUUUCUGUUACAGCCUUUAAAGGAGGAGGAAGUGUUUUUAAAACCACGGAUUGUCAUGUAUCAUGAUGUCUUGUCAAAUAAAGAAAUUGAAGUUGUAAAAAUUCUUGCUGCUCCUCGGUUGAAAAGAGCAACUGUUCAAAAUUCUGUGUCUGGAGAGUUAGAAACAGCAAAUUAUAGAAUUAGUAAAAGUGCUUGGCUGACAAAUCAGGAACAUGAUGUAGUAGCUAGGAUCAGUCAGAGGAUUGAAGACCUCACAGGAUUGACAAUGUCAACUGCUGAAGAGCUACAAGUUGUUAAUUAUGGUAUUGGUGGCCACUAUGAACCUCAUUUUGACUUUGCCAGACGAGAAGAAAUAAAUGCCUUUAAAAGUUUGGGAACAGGAAAUAGAAUUGCUACUUGGUUGAAUUAUAUGAGUGAUGUUGAAGCAGGUGGAGCUACAGUAUUUCCUCAUAUCAAUGUAGCAGUGUGGCCUAAAAAGGGAUCAGCAGCUUUUUGGUACAAUCUGUUCAAGAAUGGUGAAGGAGACAUGCUAACAAGGCAUGCAGCCUGUCCUGUUCUUGCUGGCUCUAAGUGGGUGUCCAACAAGUGGAUUCAUGAGAGAGGGCAAGAAUUCAGGAGAAAAUGUGGAUUGAAAUUCUCUGAUUAAGAAAAGUUUGGAUCAGUAGAGUAACAAAGUCCAUCAGAAACAAUCCUCAGUUUAAGAUUAGUCAUAUUCUCUGUUGCUUUUUUUUUUGUAUGAUAGUAUUUUGUGUGGUAACUACUAGUAUUACCUUUUACAUAAAAGCAAUAACUUUUAGCUUUUGUUAAAUCAUUGUUAAAUAUUAGUCAGUAGCAAUUUUCAAAACUGGUGAUGACCUAAAUAUUGACUAUACAUGUGUGUUAAAAGUAAAUUUAAACUUGACAUGGAAAUAAUUUCAUAUAGAUAAAUUUUUAUAUUUCUUAUCAGAUCAAAAUUUAUUUAUUGACUAAUCAGGAUUAAUGAAAGAAAAAAAACCAAAAGGAAAAACUAUUCAUAGUGUACUAGAGCAAAUGAAACAAAAAAUAGUGGUUAAUUCAUUCUAAACAGAAUAGCUCUGUGGAUUUAGAAAAAAAAACAACUUAUUACAAUCCAAAAAAUGACCCAAAAAGUUUAUUUUGCUCAUUAUAAAGGUGUUCUACCUUAAAACAAACCCAAAUAUUUUGAAUUAUUUAAUUUAAUUUUUUGAAAUGGGGAAUUGUUAUAAUUUAAUAUUGUUAGUAGUAUCCUAUUCUUAGUACUGAAAAUAGACAGUGUCUUGAAAAGUACAAGUUUAAAAAAAA